AUGUCAUCUCCGCGCCUGCAGCAUCAUUCCACUCCAGCGGCGUCAACAAGGCGUAAUGCUGAUUACCUUUUGGUGACGUCUUACUGGAUCGGAGACGGUCACUUUGAGGUGUCAACGACUUGUCAUCGUCUUCUCGUAGAUAACAUCAGCCGUGAUUUCUUCUGUUCCGUCAACGAAGAUCUGUCAUUAGCCAUUGGCAAUCAUCCGUUUCCAAAUGUGUCUGCGGCGAAAUCAUAG